UGAUGGCGUCUGUUGAUCUGAGAGAUGAACUGACCUGCUCAAUCUGCCUGAACAUUUAUACCGAUCCUGUACCUGUAACCUUGAUAUGUGGCCAUAGAUUCUGCCAAGACUGCAUCACAAAAACAUUGGACAACCAGAGUGGCAGAGAAUAUUCCUGCCCUGAAGGUAAACAUGGCUUUAUAGUAGUGGAGAAUUUUCUAUCUACUCGCCCAGGGCAGAAGGAGGUUGGGAUCCCCUGUACUUAUUGUGUUCACUCUCUUGUACCUGCUGCUAAAACAUGUCUUCAUUGUGAAGCUUCUCUGUGUGAAACCCACCUGAGGGUCCACAGUAAGUCACCAGAACAUGUUUUAAUUGAACCCACCACUUCACUAAGGAAUAGAAAAUGCUCCGUCCACAAGAAAGUCUUGGAGUAUUACUGCUCUAAGGAUGCAGUCUGUAUCUGUGUAUCCUGCAGACUGGAUGGACAGCACAGGACACACAAAGUAGAGACUCUCAAUGAGGCCUCUGAGAAGAAGAAGAAGAAACUAAGAAAUAUUAUGGAAAAACUGACCUCAAAGAAAAAGGAGGCUGAGAAAAGAGUUCAAAGCCUGCAGGAGCUCAGGAGACAAGUUCAGGAAAAAGCUGCGGGAGUAACAGAGCAAGUUGGUGCCCUGCUUAAGGACAUUAUGAAACAACUAAAAACGCUAGAGAAGAGAGUCCUGAAUGAGAUCUCAAGGCAAAAAGAGCAAGUCUCACUCCGGGUCUCAGAUCAAAUCCAGCAGCUGGAAAUAAAGAAAGAGGAGCUGUCCAGGAAGAUGGGUCACAUCGAGGAGCUAUGUAACAUGACGGACCCAUUAACUGUCUUACAAGGAUGUGAAUCAGACAGCGAUGACUAUUGUGAUACUGAGGAGGGAGAUAAUGAGGACAGAGAGAGAGAUGAUAACAAGGUCCGUGCUGUGGGAAAUCUGGAUGUGGGUCUGAUCUCAGUGACCUUACACUCAGGGUUAGCUGGGAUUGUGACUGGAGUAAAGAGACAACUCCAUGUACCGGAUUCUUCAGACAUGUUACUAGAUGUAAACACGGCUUCAGACAUUUUACUAGAUGUAAAUACGGCUAGUAAUGAUGUUACUGUAUCAGAUGAUUUCAAAACUUUAUGUAGAUCAGAAAUAAGCCAGAGUCGCCCAGAAACUUCAGAUAGAUUUGAGAAGAAUCAGGUUUUAGGCAGCAGGAGCUUCUCCUCGGGGCGACAUUACUGGGAAGUGGAGAGCAGUGAAUCAGGGAGAUGGAUCGUAGGGAUGGCCUAUCCUAGAAUUGCCAGAAAAGGGCGUCAGUCAGUGAUUGGAUAUAAUAACAAGUCCUGGGGUUUGUGGAGGUGGGAUCAUGAUGAAUAUUCUGUGAUACAUGAAAGUAAGGAAAUUCUGUUAACUCACCGCCCUUCCAGCCAGAGAUUAGGGAUAUACCUGGACUACGAGGCUGGGCGGCUGUCCUUUUAUGAGCUGUGUGAGCCCAUCACACACUUACACACCUUCACUGCCACCUUCACUGAGCCGCUUCAUGCUAUAUUUGGAGUAGAUUUUCAGUUUCUCAAG